GUUCCCUCGCGUGGAAAUUGGCUCAAAGGUUUCGCUGUGCGUGUGCGCGCGCGUGUGUGUGCGCGCGCUGUGCCGUUUCCUGUGGAGGCUCUUUAUUCAGAGACGGAUUAUGGCGGCCACAGAGAUAGCCCGACAAGCGGGAGAGGGAGCACGUGCAGUGCCACUCUCUGGCCAUGUUGGCUUUGACAGCAUGCCGGACCAGCUGGUCAACAAGUCUGUUAACCAUGGCUUCUGCUUCAACAUCCUCUGCAUUGGGGAGACCGGUUUGGGAAAGUCUACUCUCAUGGACACCCUGUUCAACACCAAGUUUGAGGGCGAACCGACUCAGCACAACCAGCCUGGAGUGCAGCUCAAGUCCAACACGUACGAGCUGCAGGAGAGCAACGUGCGCCUUAAGCUCACCAUCGUUAACACUGUUGGCUUUGGAGACCAGAUCAACAAAGAGGACAGCUACAAAUCUAUUGUGGAGUUCAUCGACACUCAGUUUGAGGCCUAUCUUCAAGAAGAGCUGAAGAUCAAGCGCACCCUUCACAGUUACCACGACUCACGCAUCCAUGCCUGUCUGUACUUCAUCGCACCCACUGGACACUCCUUAAAAUCUCUGGAUCUGGUGACCAUGAAGAAGCUGGACAGUAAGGUGAAUAUCAUCCCCAUCAUUGCUAAGUCAGAUGCCAUCUCAAAGAGUGAACUGGCCAAGUUCAAGAUUAAGAUUACCAGUGAGCUCGUCAGCAACGGAGUGCAGAUUUACCAGUUCCCCACUGAUGAUGAGACUGUGGCAGAGAUCAACUCCACCAUGAACGGCCAUUUGCCGUUUGCAGUUGUGGGAAGUACUGAGGAAGUGAAGAUUGGGAACAAGAUGGUGAAAGCACGGCAGUACCCAUGGGGAACUGUUCAGGUGGAAAAUGAGAACCACUGUGACUUUGUGAAGCUGAGAGAGAUGCUGAUCCGAGUGAACAUGGAGGAUCUGAGGGAGCAGACCCACACACGCCACUAUGAGCUCUACCGCCGCUGCAAACUGGAGGAGAUGGGCUUUAAAGACACAGAUCCUGACAGCAAACCUUUCAGUCUACAGGAGACUUAUGAGGCCAAGAGGAAUGAGUUCAUGGGUGAGCUGCAGAAGAAGGAAGAAGAGAUGAGGCAGAUGUUUGUUCAGAGAGUGAAAGAGAAAGAGGCUGAGCUGAAGGAGGCAGAGAAGGAGCUGCAUGAAAAGUUUGACCGUCUGAAGAAGCUGCACCAGGAUGAGAAGAAGAAGCUAGAGGAUAAAAAGAAGGCCCUUGAUGACGAGCUGAACAUCUUCAAGCAGAAGAAAACGGCAGCUGAACUCCUGCAGUCCCAGGCCCAGCAAGCAGGCAGCUCCACCACACUCAAGAGGGACAAAGAGAGGAAAAAGUGGGAUGGGUGUGAGCAGACUUGAAGUAUCGUUCUUUAAUUUGAGGCAUCGUAUGUUCUCUGCUUCUUUUAAAUCUUUCGCGGCCGCCUGUCAGAAGAGGGGAUCGCAGCUUCCUCAAGAACUAAGCACCCAUUUCCUCUUCCUGCCUUUCACUCUGUCAGCCUUUUUUUUGUUGUUGUUGUUUUUUUUUUCAAUUUUUUGGAAACUUGUCUGCUCAGUUAAACAUGGUCAUAUGUGGGCUUUACAUGGUAUUUUCCGCAAGACGUAUUCGCUCUUUUCUAUUUAGGCACACAACAGUCCCACACUAAUAUUUUUAUAGACUUUGUGAAGAUACUGGAACCAAAGUUCUGGUAGUAAAAUAGAGCAUGAAGGGAAAAUAAAUAAUUUAUUGUAAAAACAUCAGUUUUUAUAAAUUAGAAUAUAUAUUGCUUUUGCAUACAUAACUUUCAUUUAUGCCCCAAUCUUUUGCAUUUACACAUCUGGGUGUGUUUUGUGUUGACUCUGACUGUGAGAUAGAAAGACCCAAAGAAAUACUGCAUAUUACUUCUUUAAUUUAUUAGAUCCUUUAAAAUGAAACCAUUGAAUAAAUCUAAAAGUUGCUUGUAGUGCACAAUUAUUUAAGUUGGGCUGAUUUUAAGUUUGAUGAGUUCCAGCAAUGCAACAAUGAUUUCUAAUUUCUAACUGUCUUUUAAUUUGUUGAAUUUUAAAGGUCAUGGUUUAAAGAAGCCCUUCUGAAUACCAUGUAGGUCACAUUCAGAGCCCCUUUUUUCAUUUCAUGCUUUGCCUUAUCUAAUCAGCCUUUGCAUGUUUUAUAUGAUUCUACAGUGUAAAUGCUUUCUCUGUUGGCCUUUUUUCCUCAUAGGUAGUUAUUACAGGUCUGUGGGCAAUUGCACAUUUCUGCAGAUUUCUAUCAAAAACCAUGUCCUGGAGAUACUACACAUUGAGAUACUUUGUUUUGGCAGUUUAAAAUACACAAUGGCAGACACAGAUAGCCGUCCAUAUUUAUAUAUAAUUUAUAAGGAUCUAUUUUGUGUAUUGAAGUAGAAAUGUGUUGAUGAUCAAUCACACUGUUGGUAGGUGGUCAUUCUGGUUGUCAGACUGCAUCGUAAUCCUAGCAUCUUUCAUCGGCGCCUGUCCUAACACAAAGUUGUGAAAUAUUUCAUUGUGGUAAGAUUUCAUCGGUGUACAUUUUCAAUAAAAAAAUCUCUCAAAAA